AUGGGGGACCAAACCGCGCCGAUUCUGAUAUGCGGCGCUGGGAUUUCCGGCCUCGCCCUAGCGCAAGCUUUAUCAAAGCGGGGAAUUCCAUUUCGCGUCUUUGAACGGGACCCGACUCUCAAUUUUCGUGCCCAGGGCUACCGGGUCCGAAUCAAUGGUGAUGGCAUUGCGGCGCUGAGUGAAGCCCUUUCCCCGGAGCUUUACUCGCUUCUGGUUUCCCGUUGCGCUUACUGCUCUACCGGCAUUAGGCCGAACACGCAUUUGAACGCUCUAAAUGGCCAAGAUGUCGAAAUGAAAAUUGGACCUCCACCUACUGGCGAAAUUCAACCCCUCAAUGCCGACCGCAAUGUGCUCAGACACGUUCUGAUCCAUGGUCUUGAGGAUAACGUCCAAUUCGGGAAGGAGUUCUCCUCAUAUACCAUGACCGACAGAGGUGUCAAAGUGUGUUUCUCGGAUGGCUCUGAGCAGGAAGGCUGUUUACUUAUCGGAGCAGAUGGUACAUUCUCCCGGAUCAGAAAACAGUUCCUGCCUGAGUUCCAGCUCUUUGAUACGGAAGCAAGAUGGAUAUACGGAAAAACCACAAUCACAAGAGCUUUCCUUGAUCAGUUUCAGGAGAGAGCUCUUAAUGGUAUGACUCUUGUACAGGAUCGCUCGGGGCUGAUCCCUUUGAGCCUGCUGUUGGAGCCAAUGCGUUUCAAGCGUGACGAGCUAAAUGAGAAUGUUCCCGAGGACUACGUUUACUGGGUCCUCGUCUCGCGAAAAGACAACUUCGAAGUUUCAGACGACGACUUAUUGAAGCUUUCAGCCAAGGAGGUAGCCAAUCUGGCUAAAGAAAUGACAGCAAAUUGGGAUCCGUCCUUUCACGCUUUAUUCGCAUUUCAAGAUACAAGCCGAACAUCUCUUUUGCGGAUUGCGACUGUGAAGCCUGAUAUACUUUUGUGGGAGGCAUCAAGCCGCGUCACUCUGAUCGGUGAUGCAAUUCAUGCCAUGUCGCCCACCUCUGCUGCUGGGGCUACAACGGCCCUUAGGGAUGCCGCAUUUUUGGCGCGAACCUUGAGUGAGGGUGGAAUCAAUACUGCCAGCAUUCAUAAGUAUGAGGAAGCCAUGAGAAAAUAUGCUGGCGAAGUGAUCAGAUGGAGUGCCAUCGGAGGAAAAUGGCUUUUUGGAAUGCAAUCGUUUGACGAAUUGUCCCCUCUUGCGAUGUGA